AGGCAGGGGAGGGAAAACUAAACAUUAAACAGGAAAACAAAAAAAGUCAAGAAAACAAAAUAGAAACAGGAGACAGAUUCCAAGUGAAGAGAACUAAUGGCUACACUGAGAGUACCAGAUAUUGUUCCAUCUCCUGCUGAGGACUGUAAAACACUGAAGAAAGCCUUCCAAGGAUGGGGGACUGAUGAGAAGGCAAUAAUAAAGGUGUUGGGACGCAGAAAUGCAAGCCAAAGAAAGAACAUCAGAGAAACAUUUCAGCAGCUUUACAACAAGUCCCUAAUUGAUGAGCUCGUUUCUGAAUUGUCUGGUGAUUUCAAGAAAGCUGUGAUCUUGUGGACAUAUGAUCCACCUGAAAGAGAUGCAAGGCUUGUAAAUGAAGCUCUGAAAUCAAGGAAGAAAGGAAUCAGGGAAUUCCAAGUAAUUGUUGAGAUUGCAUGUGCAUCAUCUCCUCAUCAUCUCAUUGCUGUAAGGAAGGCUUAUUUCUCACUUUUUGACUGUUCACUUGAAGAGCACAUCAGUUCAAAUGUUUCUCUGCCAAUACAAAAGAUACUUGUUCGAUUUAUAAGUUCAUACAGAUUUAACAAAGAAGUAGUGAAUUCUAGUGUUGCUAAUUCAGAAGCAGCUACUCUACAUGAUGCAAUUAAAACGGGGCAGUUGGAUCAUGAUGAUCUAGUUUGGAUACUCAGCACUAGAAACUAUUUUCAGCUUAGAGAAACUUUCAAGUGCUACAAGAAUAAAUAUGGGAGUUCAAUAGAACAGGAUAUUAUGGCUUCUGGCAAAGGCACUUUGGAGUCUAUUUUGAAAGUGGCUAUUUGGUGCAUAGACGCCCCAGAAAAGCACUUUGCAGAGGUGAUUAGAGCUUCAAUCAUUGGGCUUGGGACCGAUGAGGAUUCUCUGACCAGAGCUAUUGUAACUCGAGCAGAGAUUGACAUGAUGAAAGUUAGAGGAGAAUAUUUCAACAUGCACAAAAGCAGUCUUGAUAAUGCAGUCAUUGGUGACACAUCAGGACACUACAAGAACUUCUUAAUGACGUUGCUGGGUGCAAAGAUUUGAUUCAAUUUGUCUCACCAUAUUCUUCAUGUUUUCUUGUAAUUAAUUAGCUCGGGUACAUGGAUUUGGUAUUAAAGCGUAAGAAAUGCUGCUUUGCUUGGGAUGCUUUUAGCAUUUACUAGUUGAAGAACCACUGGUAUUGUAUGCAUUUUCACUUUUGCUACCUGUUUCCAAGUAAUACAGAAUAAAUAUUGUUGCUGAAA